ACAGGAGUGUGUGGCCACAGAGGAGAGUCCUCAGGUGUUCUUCUGCUGCUGUGAAGGAAACUUUUGUAAUGAGCGGUUCACACACCUGCCUGACGUCAGCGGGCCAAUGAUCAAAGCCCCGCCCCCCAGCAUGGGCGUGUUAAACGUGAUGGUGUACUGCCUGCUGCCCGUCACCAUGCUGUCCGUCGCCCUGCUCACCGCUGUCUGGAUGUACCGACACCGGAAACCUCCGUACGGACACGUGGACAUCACUGAGGAUCCCGGUCCUCCUCCCGCGUCCCCCCUGCUGGGUCUCAAGCCCCUGCAGCUGCUGGAGGUGAAGGCCAGGGGGCGCUUCGGCUGCGUCUGGAAGGCUCAGAUGAUGAAUGAACACGUGGCCGUCAAGAUCUUCCCCAUCCAGAAUAAGGAUUCGUGGCACAAUGAGAGGGAUGUGUUCCUGACGCCGGGGAUGAGGCACGACAACAUCCUGAGGUACAUCGCCGCGGAGAAACGAGGGAGUCACCUGGAGGCCGAGCUGUGGCUCAUCACCGAGUUCCACGAGAGG